CCAUGGACCAAGCGCUCGCAAGUGGGCCAAUAUCGCAACCUCACAUCCUCACGGACGAAAACCCUACCCUCCCGCACGGGCCAGCACUAUAAGAUCCCUCAUCAUCUUCAUCCCCCCGCGCCGCCGCUCCACUCCCCCGCAAAACCCUAGCCCUCCCCCGCGCCGCCGCCGCACCGUCGUCUCCAGGUAAGGAGGAGGAGAGGAGGGCGAGAUGGUGAAGCACAACAACGUCAUCCCCAACGGCCACUUCAAGAAGCACUGGCAGAACUAUGUCAAGACGUGGUUCAACCAGCCCGCCCGCAAGCAGAGGCGUCGCAUCGCUCGCCAGAAGAAUGCUGUGAAGAUCUUCCCCCGCCCUACCUCUGGACCUCUUCGCCCCAUUGUGCAAUGCCAGACCCGCAAGUACAACAUGAAGGCCAGGGCUGGCAGAGGAUUUACCCUUGAGGAGCUUAAGUCCGCUGGCAUCCCAAAGAAGCUCGCUCCGACCAUUGGCAUUUCUGUGGACCAUCGCCGCAAGAACAGGUCGCUUGAGGGUAUGCAGUCCAAUAUCCAGCGGCUCAAGACCUACAAGGCCAAGCUUGUUAUCUUCCCAAGGCGUGCUCGCAAGGUCAAGGCUGGUGACUCUACUCCGGAGGAGCUUGCCAACGCCACACAGGUCCAGGGUGACUACAUGCCCAUUGCCCGUGGCGAGAAGCGCUCAGUCGAGGUCGUGAAGGUCACAGAGGAGAUGAAGGAGUUCAAGGCCUAUGGCAAGCUCCGCGUCGAGAGGAUGAACCAGCGCCAGUUGGGAGCCAGGCAGAAGAAGGCUGCCGAGGCGGAGAAGGAGGAGAAGAAGUGAUGAGAUGCUUAAGGCAGCUAGUGGGUUCUGUUGUUAUCAAGUGCUAGUUUCUGAAUUUCUGUUUUGGCCUUCUCGGACAUCUUGUUUGAUACCUGAUAUACUUAUUUGCAUGAUCUGCUAUCAAAUCUUAUCCUAUGAGUGUCCUUGGAUUUU